AUGGGUUCCAUCGGAGAUGACGCCACACAGAAAGGCGUCGUUCAAGAUGACUUAGUCAUGCCACUCAUUGACUUCGGUGCCUUUCUCCAUGGUGAUCCGACCGUUAGAAAAGCUACGGCCGACCAAAUCUUAAACGCCUUCAAGACCUCUGGGUUCCUAUAUCUUCAAAACCACGGGAUCCCUGAAGAUCAAGUAUUGCUGGCCUUUUCGGAGUCAGCACGAUUCUUCGCUCGUCCACAAGCCCAAAAGGAUGUGUUGGGCUGGACCACCCCAGACGCCAACAGAGGUUACGUGGCCUGGGGCCGCGAGAAAGUGACACAGUCCAACGACCCAGACGAGAUCGCCAAACUGCGGGCCUCGAACCCUGACCUCAAGGAGUCCAUGGAGAUUGGCCGGGAAGGAAUCGAAGGCAAACCGAAUCAAUGGCCUGCGCACCUGGACAGCGAGGGUGCCGCAUUCACGAGGGACAUGCAAAAGUUCUUCCUCACGCUCAAGGACCUGCACGUCAACGUGAUGCGGGCGAUCGCGCUCGGUAUGGGCCUGGAGGAGAGCUUCUUCGACCCCUACACGGACGGCGGGGACAAUACGCUGCGCCUCCUCCAUUAUCCGGCCGUCAAGAAGAGUAUUUUCAAGGAAAACCCCUCGCAAGUGCGUGCGGGCGAGCACUCGGACUACGGCUCCAUCACUCUCCUAUUUCAAGACGACGUUGGCGGACUAGAGGUGAAAUCGCCGCAGGGCACAUGGGUGCGAGCCACACCCAUCCCCGGCUCCAUCGUCGUCAAUGCGGGCGAUUUACUCAUGCGCUGGAGCAACGACCAAAUCAAAUCCACCAAGCAUCGUGUCAUUCAGCCGCCGCCUAAGGAUAACGGAACCGACGAUGAUACCGAAGCCAUGAUCCCCGCCCGCUACAGUAUUGCCUAUUUCUGCAACCCCAACUUCGACCGCUUCAUCGAGGCCUUGCCUGGGACUUGGGAGAAGUCCGGCAAAAAGUAUGAAGGCAUCAACAGUGGUGAUUAUCUGGUUAUGAGAUUGGCUGCUACUUACUAA